AUGGUCUCUGGACCACCACUCGACAUCCCAAUGCCGCCUGUCACGGCGGCGCGUCUACUGUUCUUCGUGCACGCUGACCGGUUAAUGUGCACGCUGUUAUAUAGUGCACUCGCAUUACUCGUCUGGGACCAUCUCCUGACGCUGAGACGAGAGGCGCGCUUCAUCUGGCGCGCCAAGUGGACUGUCAUCAAAACACUCUUCCUCUUCAACCGCUACAUAACCCUCAUCAUCAUCACUGGGAAUGCAAUCAUUGGCAGUGGCGUUGUCAAGAGUCUAACGAAUACUUUGUAA